AGUGACAGGUCUCGGGCCCCCAGGCGGAGCGGCGGGCGCCGGACCCCCAAGUGGAGCGACAGGUCUCGGGCCCUCAGGCGGAGCGGCGGGUGCCGGACCCCCAGAUGGAGCGACAGGUCUCGGGCCCCCAGGCGGAGCGACAGGUCUCGGGCCCUCAGGCGGAGCAACAGGUCUCGGGCCCCCAGGCGGAGCGGCGGGCGCCGGACCCCCAGGCGGAGCAGCGGGCGCCGGACCCCCAGGCGGAGUGACAGGUCUCGGGCCCCCAGACGAAGCGGCGGGCACCGAGCCACCAGGCACGACAGUGGGCACCGAGUCGUCUGGCAA